CCCAGGCCCAGGCCCAGGCUGGCCAGAGGGCUCCCCAUAGAGGAAAAAUGAAGACAAUUCCGGCCGGCUGGCGUGGGGAGGGGGUGUAGAGGGCGGCGCCGCCAGCCGUUCCUGGCACCAUGGACGAUGCCGCAGUCCUAAAAAAGAAGGGUUAUGUUGCGGGAAUCAAUCUGGGCAAGGGUUCCUAUGCAAAAGUCAAGUCUGCCUACUCAGAGCGCCUCAAGUUCAACGUGGCGGUCAAGAUCAUCGACCGCAAGAAAACGCCCACCGACUUCGCGGAGAGAUUCCUCCCUCGGGAGAUGGACAUCUUAGCAACCGUCAACCACCGCUCCAUCAUCAAGACCUAUGAGAUUUUUGAGACCUCUGAAGGACGCAUUUACAUCGUCAUGGAGCUCGGCGUCCAGGGAGACCUCCUCGAGUUCGUAAAAUGUCGGGGGGCCCUGGGCGAGGACGUGGCGCGGAGGAUGUUCCGCCAGCUCUCCUCAGCCGUCAAGUACUGCCACGACUUGGACAUCGUCCACAGAGACCUGAAGUGCGAGAACCUUCUCCUGGACAAGGACUUCAACGUCAAGUUGUCCGACUUCGGAUUCUCCAAGCGCUGCCUGCGGGACGGGUGCGGGCGCAUCCUCCUCAGCAAGACCUUCUGCGGAUCUGCAGCGUACGCCGCCCCCGAGGUGCUGCAGGGCAUCCCCUACCAGCCCAAGGUGUACGACAUCUGGAGCCUGGGUGUGAUCCUCUACAUCAUGGUCUGUGGCUGCAUGCCCUACGACGACUCCAACAUCAAAAGGAUGCUGCGUACCCAGAAGGAGCACCGCGUGGACUUCCCCCGCUCCAAGAACCUGUCUGGUGAGUGCAAGGACCUCGUCCGUCGCAUCCUGCAGCCGGAUGUCAACCGGCGGCUGCACAUCGAUGAGAUCCUCAGUCACGCGUGGCUGCAGCCCCCCAAGCCCAAAGCCAUGUCUUCUGCUUCGCUCAAGAGGGAUGGAGAGGGCAAGUAUCGGGCUGAGGACAAACUGGACCCCAGGCCGAGCUCGAGGCCUGAGCACAAGGCCAACUACAAACCGGGGGCCGAAACCCACCUCCGGCCCCAAAAUGAAGACAGGAUGGAGGACAGGCUGGCCGAGACCUCCAGAGGUGAAGAGCAUCAUCUCCCUGGAGCUGAGAUGCGGAAGGCGAACGUCUAGGCGUUCCGGGGGCCCUGGAAUGGGGAGGAAGGUGUGCGUCAGAUCGCGCUCUGUGAACCAAGUAGGCGGGCGGGGGUCGAAGGAGGCACAGGUGUCAGGAGCAGUAAAAUCUGUCGAUCGUCAUUUUGGCUAUGUUCUGUUAGCUUUCUUCCACUUCGGAGCAAAGAUCUUAAUUACUGACCAACCAAUAAACCACAAA